GGUGGCGUGGGCCACAGUUGCUCAGGGAGGGUUGUGGCACCCGGGGCUGGGUGGCUUGCCCUAAGCUUGCUCUGACAAAAGAGUUUUGAGUUGGUUUUUUGGCUGAGCCUGCCGAGGAAGGCAGGCCCCUGCAGGAGUCUUGGAGGGUCGGAUGCAGCGCCCGGAUGAGGAUGAGGCGUGGCGGAAGAUGCGUUUGGCUCUGCAGACACUGACUGCAUCGGGCAGCAGGGGACUCUGGGAGGCUGGUGCAGCCUGAAGGCAUGGCUCUUGACAGCCUUCUAGUAGAAUCUCUGGAAUUGUGCAUGGCAGAAGAGGAAAGAAACUAACGGGUAUUGAGCACCUACUGUGUGCCAGACCCAGGCCAGGUUCCCCCCACCUCCAGCCAGUCUGUGCAGACUUGUUGCCUGCUGUGUCACCGCGAGCGCAAAGGCUGGGAAGAAGGCCCUUCACAAAAUGGACUGGUGUUGCAGGGUGAGAAGCUGCCCCCUGACUUCAUGCCAAAGCUCGUCAAGAAUCUCCUAGGCGAGAUGCCUCUAUGGGUCUGCCAGAGUUGCCGAAAGAGCAUGGAGGAAGAUGAGAGGCAGACAGGUCGAGAACAUGCAGUGGCGAUCUCCUUGUCACACACAUCCUGCAAAUCCCAGUCUUGUGGGGGUGACUCUCAUUCAUCCUCGUCCUCUUCUUCAUCAUCCUCAUCUUCCUCCUCCUCUUCCUGCCAUGGGAACUCAGGGGACUGGGAUCCCAGCUCGUUCCUGUCAGCACAUAAGCUCUCAGGCCUCUGGAAUUCCCCACACUCCAGCGGGGCUGUGCCAGGCGGCUCGCUUGGGAGCCCUCCUGCCAUCCCUGGUGAGGCUUUCCCUGUCUCGGAGCACCACCAGCACUCAGACCUCACUGCUCCCCCUAACAGCCCCACCGGCCACCCCCCACAUCCAGCAUCUCUGAUUCCUUCUCACCCUGGCUCCUUCAGCUCACCGUCCCACCCACACCUGCUGCCCACCACCCCGGCAGCACCUUUCCCUGCCCAGGCUUCAGAGUGCCCUGUGGCUGCUGCCACUGCCACCCACCCCCCAGGGCCUUGUCAGAGCCCCCAUCUGCCCUCCACCAGCAUGCCACUCCUGAAGAUGCCUCCACCAUUCUCUGGGUGCAGCCACCCCUGCAGCGGGCACUGCGGUGGGCACUGCGGUGGGCCUCUCCUCCCACCACCGAGCUCUCAGCCACUCCCUAGCACUCACAGCAGGGACCCUGGGUGCAAAGGGCACAAAUUUGCACACAGUGGCCUGGCCUGUGAGGCAGAUGAGGGUCUGGGCGAGGAAGAGGAUAGCAGCUCUGAGCGCAGCUCUUGCACCUCGUCCUCCACCCACCCACGCGAUGGGAAGUUCUGUGACUGCUGCUACUGUGAGUUCUUCGGCCACAAUGCGCCACCCGCUGCCCCGACGAGUCGGAAUUAUACUGAGAUCCGGGAGAAGCUCCGCUCGAGGCUGACCAGGCGGAAAGAGGAGCUGCCCAUGAAGGGGGGCACCCUGGGCGGGAUCCCUGGGGAGCCAGCGGUGGACCACCGAGAUGUGGAUGAGCUGCUGCAAUUCAUCAACAGCACGGAGCCCAAAGUCCCCAACAGCGCCAGGGCCGCCAAGCGGGCCCGGCACAAGCUGAAAAAGAAGGAAAAAGAGAAGGCCCGGUUGGCAACAGAAGCUCUGAAGCAGGUGAAUCGUGUUUCUGGAAGCCAGGAGCUAAGGCCUGCCAGGGAGAAGCUCCUAGAUUGGCCUGACCAGGAGCUGGACCGAGUCAAUAGCUUCUUGAGCAGCCGCUUGCAGGAGAUCAAGAGUACCGUCAAAGACUCCCUCUGUGCCAGUUUCAGCAUGUGUGAGCUCAACGUGGAUAGCAGUGGCUUUAAGGAGGGGGCUGUGGAACCUCAGCCCCAGACUCUAACCCCUUCAGACCUCAACGGCUCCUCUGAGCAACAGCCUGAUAUCAAUCUUGACCUGUCCCCUUUGACUUUGGGCUCCCUUCACAGCCACACAUUACAAGCUCCAAGUGAGUCAGUUGCACCAUGGGCAGAAGGAAGAGACCCUCACCCACCAUGGACAGAGGUGAGGGGCCCCCCUCCUGGUAUCCCUGAGAAUGGGCUCGUGAGAAGACUCAACACUGUGCCCAACCUGUCCCGGGUGAUCUGGGUCAAGACGCCCAAGCCAGGCAACCCUAGCUCUGAGGAAAGUUCAAAGGAGGUCCCCAGUAAGAAACAGGAGCUGUCUGAGCCUGUGGCCACAGGUGGGAAGCCAAGAAAGAGCAAGAGACAGGGAAGUCAAGCAAAGAAGAGUGAGGCGGGUCCAGGCCCCUGGCCUCCAGCCAACCUAGAAGCUCCCAGUGCCAAGAGCCAGAUAUCUAGCCCCAAGCAGCCAGGCAAGGGCCCAGAUCCUGCCAAAGUGGGUAACUGUGCAGAACCUGGAGAGGACAGCCGGGGGAGCCGGCCAGGACCAAGCUGGGCUGACAACCCCAAAACUGACAAGAAGGGUAGUUCCUGGCAGAAUUGGCCGGGUGAGGCCAAGGCUCGGACUCUGGAGCAGGAAUCUGUGCAGACCCCAGGCCUAGCAAGGCCACAGAGCUUGUCCCAGGGCAAGGGCCGCAGCCGCCGGAGCCGCAAACAAGAGAAGGCAGCCUCCUCCUUGGACGAUGUGUUCCUGCCCAAGGACAUGGAUGGGGUGGAGAUGGAUGAGACAGACCGAGAAGUGGAGUACUUCAAGAGGUUCUGUUUGGAUUCUGCAAAGCAAACUCGUCAGAAAGUUGCUGUGAACUGGACCAACUUCAGCCUCAAGAAAACCACUCCUAGCACAGCUCAGUGAGGUGGAGACCUCAACUGCCCUGCCCAGGUCAACUUCUCCAGGUCAUCUCAAGGCCCCAACUCAAGCUGCAGAUGUAGUUUCUUCUCCGUGUGCCCUUCUACCUGUCUUGACCCUCCCUGCUCCCACCACCCUGACCAACCAAAAGCUGAAUGGAUGCCAUGCUGUGCUGGGGCCUUACAGGACCUCAGCAGAGCCGCUUCCUGGUGCUACGCAGCCUCCACACUCAGAGCCCAAGGACUGGGCUGGCCUGUGAGCCAAGGGCUGAUGGUACUGCUGGCCCAACACUGCUCUCUUUGUGUUUUGUUUUGUUUGUUUUGUUUUUUUAAUUCUUUACUUUUGAUACUGUGAAUAUCUUUCAUGCAGAAAGAUAAAGCAACAUUUGGACACAGA